AUGUCCGAGAUCCUCUGCCAGUGGCUCAACCAGGAGCUGAGGGUGUCCCGGACCGUGAAUCCCAAGUCAUUUGCAAAGGCAUUUUCCAAUGGUUACCUAAUUGGAGAAGUCCUGAACAAGUUUGAACUUCAAGAUGAUUUUUCAGAAUUUUCAGAGAGCAGGGUGGCUACUGCCAAACUUAAUAAUUUUUCCCGCUUGGAGCCAACACUCCACCUUUUGGGCGUGCAGUUUGAUCAGAAUGUGGCCCAAAGCAUCAUCACAGAGAAGCCUGGGGCAGCAACCAAACUUUUAUAUCAAUUGUACAUUGCUCUUCAGAGAAAAAAGAAAAGUGGACUGACAGGCAUAGAAAUACAAGCUUUGCAGCCUCAGACAACUUCAAGACUUCAAAACAUGAAGAGCGAAGCUUUUCGAGAGAAACUUAAAAACCUGAUACCACGCCAAACUGAUUUCAAUCUGAUGCGGGUUACAUACAGGUUUCAAGAAAAAGUUAAACAGAUGAAUGAAGAUCUUGACCAAAUGCACUUUGAGGAAUUUGAAAAAUUUCAAAAAAUCAAGGAAGACCAAAGAUGUUUAAAACUCAAAAAGCAACGCUUAAGCAGAAGACGACAAAAUGAAAUAAUGGCCAAAAUUCAAGCAGCUAUCAUACAGAUUCCUAAGCCUGCAGCAAAUCGUACAGUGAAAGCACUUGAGGCCCAAAAAAUGAUGAAAAAGAAAAAAGAGGCAGCGGAUGUGGCCAAUGAAAUUAGGAACUUUGAGGCAUUAAUAAAAAAGGAUCUUCAAGCAAAAGAAAGUUCUUCCAAGAGUUUUUUAGAUACAACAGACCAGAUAAUUUCAGAUUUGUUAAACACUUACUCGGAUGAUGACUACAUUAAAAAAAUCCAGAAGCGCCUGGAAGAAGAUGCUUUUGCUCGAGAGCAAAGAGAGAAAAGACGGCGGAGGUUGUUAAUGGACCAGUUAAUAGCUCAUGAAGCCCAGGAGGAAGCCUAUCGCGAGGAGCAGUUGAUUCACCGGUUGAUGCGCCAGUCCCAGCAGGAACGCAGGAUUGCUGUUCAGCUCAUGCAUGCUAGGCAUGAAAAGGAAGUUUUGUGGCAGAACAGAAUUUUCAGGGAAAAACAAUACGAAGAAAGACGUCUCAAAGAUUUCCAGGAUGCUCUUGAUCGAGAAGCGGCUCUGGCAAAACAAGCCAAAAUUGAUUUUGAAGAACAAAUCUUCAGAGAAAAGGAAAUUCAUGAGAAGAUCGCUGUAGAAAGGGCUCAGGCUCGUUAUGAAAAGCAUUAUACAAUUUGUGGAGAAAUUUUGGAUCAAAUACUUGAUUUGUCCACUAAAGUGGCAGACUACCGGAUGCUGACAAAUAAUCUGAUUCCAUAUAAGAUGAUGCAUGACUGGAAGGAACUGUUUUUUAAUGGAAAGCCCAUAUAUGAACAAGUCAGGCCUGGGCUCCCUAGAUCUUCUUCAGGAGAACUCAUAGAACUGGAGAAAAGAAACCUGCUAGAUAGCAAUGACUAUGAAGAAUACAAGAACAUGGUUGGAGAGUGGACAGUACCAGAAGAAUUAAUAGAAAAUCUACCACCCUCCAACAAUAGUAUAUUGGGCCAUGUGCUUCACAGGCUAAUAGAAAAAUCUCUUCCUCCUCAAAUUGAGUCAACAGAACCUGAAAUACCUUCAUUUGCUAUUAAAGGAUGCUUACUAGGGAAAACACUGAGUGGAAAAACUAGCAUUCUAAAGGCAUUACAGAAAGACUUUCCUAUUCAGGUACUUUCUAUUGACACUCUUGUCCAAGAAGCCAUCCAAGCAUUUCAUGAUAAAGAACAAAGUACAGUGAUGCCACCAAUUCAGGAAGAGAAUGAAGGACAGGCUGUACCUAGUAUUCAAGAAGAAACCCAGGAUUCACAAAGUCCACAAAAUAUAUCAUCCGCUGGUCCAGUUUCAGGUGGAGCAUUACCAGUAACAGAAGGUACUGAUGCUGAUAUAAUACCAACACUUGACGAUAAUGGUUUCUCAAAACUCAGUGUGCGUGCUCAGCUUGGUGAACAAUCAGAGCAAUUGCUGAAGAGAGGAAAAAGCAUUCCAGACUCAUUGCUAGUUAGCAUCAUGGUGAAUGCUAUUAGUGAGAUACCUAUGCAUCAAGGCUGGGUCCUUGAUGGUUUUCCAAUGACCUUAAGCCAAGCACAGCUCCUGGAAGAAGCUCUUACGGGCUAUAACAGAAGCCAAAUAGAAGCAGAAAGAAAGAAUACACAAAUACCUACACUGGCUAUUGAUCCUACAACUUCCAAAGCAGUACCUCCUCCCUCUCCAGCAUUUGAUUUUGUUUUAUUACUCGAUAUUUCUGAUACUGCUUCACUAAAUCGCCUGGGUAAUAAAUUUUAUAUCAUAGCUGAAGAUAUUUCACAUGAAAUUUCUCAGGAGGACAUUGAUCAACAUGGAGCUGCCGAAACCCAUAAGGAAAGGGACCAGAACUUAAAAGACCAAAUACAGCAUAGGAUUAUAGGCUUCUUGGACAACUGGCCUGCAUUGGAGCGCUGGUUCUCAGAGCCAGAAAAUAUUUUGAUAAAAAUCAAUGCUGAAAUCGAUAAAGAAUCUUUAUGUCAAAAUGUGAAGGAAAUUUUUACAGUUGAAAUUGACAAAAAAAAGAAGAAAGUGGAAAAGAAAUUAGAAGAAAAGAAAUUAGAAGCUGAGAAAAAAGAAGCAGGAAUUCCGAGGGAGCCUUCAGGUCUUGUGCCCUCUCAACCUGAACCAGAAAAAGAGAAGGAAAUUCACCAUCAAGAUACUUCAAAAUCUUCUUCUGCAAAAGGAAAGCCACAAUCAGUUUCUCCUAAAGGAAAAUCACCAGGAGGGAAAACACCGGUGAAGAAGUCUCCUCCUGUUAGCUCUUCAGAAGCUUCACCCACUCCAACAAUGCCACCGCCACCCAAGCCAGGAUCAGAAGAAUGGGUCUAUGUUGAUGAGCCAAUUCCUGAGGAAAUAACUUCAUUUUUAGUGCCUUACUGGGAACUGAUAGAGAAUUCCUAUAUCAACACCAUCAAAACUGUACUCAGGCAUCUGCGAGAAGACCAGUUCUCUGUGCUCGUUUACUUGUAUGAGACCCGAACAAGUUUCCAGGAGUUUCUAAGACGUCCAGAUCACAAGCAGGAUUUCGUUUCUCAAUGGCAGGCUGAUUUCAACUCUCUUCCCGAUGAUCUGUGGGAAGAUGAGGACACAAAGGCUGAGCUACACCAACGAGUGAAUGAUUUGCGAGACCGCCUGUGGGACAUUUGUGAGGCUAGGAAGGAAGAGGCUGAGCAGGAGCGGCUGGACAUCAUUAAUGAGAGCUGGCUGCAGGACUUCCUUGGAAUCACCAUGAACCACUUCUUUUCCUUGAUGCAAGCAGAACUGAACCGUUUCCAAGAUACCAAGAGACUCCUUCAGGAUUACUACAGCGUGAUGGAAGGAAAAGUCCCAAUAGAAGACAAUGAGAGAUUUACGAGAAUCCCAUUGGUUCAACUUGAUGGGAAAGACAUCUCAGAAAACCAGCUUAGGAUUCCUCUAAUCCCUCGAAUAUCUAUUUCUCCGGAAAUGGCUACACCCAAACCAAAAGUCAAAGCAAUACUGAAAGGCAAGAUUGAUUACUCACUAGAAAACGUGGAAGCAAACUUUGAGGCUGAUGAAAAGUUGGUGAUGGACACAUGGCAGCAGGCUUCAUUAGCAAUCUCUCACAUGGUAGCUGCUGAAAUUCAUCAGAGGCUCAUGGAAGAAGAAAGCUUAAAUCAGCCACCAGAAUCAAACGAAAAGUCUCCUCAGCCUGGUGCAGGUAAAAAAGGCAGAAAGGAAAAGGAAACACUCAAGAAGAAAAAGGAUGAAAAGAAAGCAAAAGGUAAACUUGAAUCUGCUACAGAAUCCACCCCUGUACUGUUAUCACCCCCUAAAGAAAACAUUGAAACUCAAAAUAGAAGUGAACUGAAGGUGAGAAUCAAGGAAGAACAUCUUGCUGCCCUGCAAUUUGAAGAGAUAGCCACACAGUUUCGACUAGAACUGAUCAAGGCAAAAGCAUUGACUGUCCUUGAAGAUUUAAUCACAAAGGUGGUGGAUGUCUAUAAAUUCAUGGAAAAAUGGCUUGGGGAGAGGUACUUGAAUGAAAUGGCCAGUGUAGAAAAAUUAACAGAAGUAGCUCGCUAUCACAUUGAAACAUCUACAAAAAUUCAGAAUGAGCUUUAUUUAAGCCAAGAAGUCUUCUUCAUUAAUGGUGAUGUAAAAGUCUUCCCAGAUCCUCCACCACCAACACGUCCACCACCUAUAGAAAAGGAAGAAAAUGGCACCUUGACCAUCGAACAGCUUGAUAAUCUUCGAGAUCAGUUCUUCGAUUUGGCACCUAAAGGCAUCAUAGGGAACCGAGCUGCCACCGAUCUAAUGGUGAGGACCAUGAGCAAAGUAACUCUGGGCAGAGUAGAGAACUUAUUCAGAUCAUGCCACGCCAUUGCCAAGACUGGCCGCCCCCUCAAAGACUUUAUUUGGAUGUGCAAGUUGGAUGAUAUGAAGGGUGUCGAUAUUGGCCUCGUGUUCAGGACUAACAAGUCAGCGAGAACGUUUACCUAUUUUAUUGCUGAGGUAGAACGGAAAAAUCUUAGACAAAAGCUAGAGAAAAGUAAAUUUUUCUCAGUCAUCAGUGAUGGAUUCAUCGACAGUUUCGUUGAGGAAACCAAACUUGUCUAUGUGCAGUUUGCACACGCAGGGAAAGUGCAUUGUCAAAUUGUGGGGGUCCAUACUGUAGAGGAAAAAGACCCUCUGGCAAUAAAAACUGCCAUUGAGAAAACUCUAGAGGUAAAUCUUCAAGUUAGGCUGUCCAGCCAAGACUGGGCCAAGAAAUUAGUUGGGUUUGGAAGUGAUGAUGCCCCUGAAAAAGAAGAAGGGAAGGAGCUGGCCUUACUUUUAAGAGAAAUCCAACCAUGUGUCCAGAGUGUAUACUGCUUAGCACAUCAACUUGAACUCUCUUACAAGGCAGUAUUCCAGAACAUUCCUCUCUACAACACUCUCCAAGAUCUCCUUCACAGCACUUACCAUUUCUAUCAGAAUUCUACUAUUCAUAAGAGUUCUCUGAUCACAGCCUUCAAAGGCCUUCACCUUCAACCUGUGAUGCCUUCUCAAAUUGGAGGCCCGCGAUGGCUUUACAGAAUGCAGGCAGCCCUCCAGAACUUUCUCAAGGGAUACCCAGCAAUUGUCCAGCAACUGCAGUCAGCCGAUGAAGGCAGAUGGGACACCAAUGAACAGAAAGCCAAAGAGCUCCUCAAUCUUCUUCUCCAAGCUGACAUCAUCAAGUUUGCCCAUUUCUUGGUGGAUGUCAUUAAUGUCCUUACCAUUCUGUCCCGGUUGCAGGAAUUAACGUCUUUAUUGACAGUCAACUUUGAGUUCGUGGACUGGCGGAAAUUCCUGUUAGUGGCAGCGAUGCCCUGGCCCAUCCCACUGGAACAGGAACUCCUCGAGACCCUGCAGAGAUUCAAGGCUGCAGAUAAGGCGCAGUUGGGCACCAUCACUUUUGAGCAGUACAUACAGGCUGGACUGUGGUUUACAGGAGAUGAAGAUGUGAAGAUUCCAGAAAAUCCUCUUGAACCCCUGCCAUUUAAUAGACAAGAACAUCUCAGAGAGUUCUUCUUCCGACUGUUUGCUGACUAUGAGAAGGACCCACCCCAGCUUGACUACACUCAGAUGCUGUUGUAUUUCGCAUGCCACCCGGACCCCGUGGAAGGUAUCUACAGGGCUCUCAGUGUGGCCGUGGGGACCCAUGUCUUCCGACAAGUUGAAACUCCUAUGCUGACUGCAGAAAAGACUUCCUUCUCCACUGAUAUAAGUCCCAUUGAAGAAUUUCCUGAACCUGAGGAAAAUGUCACAGGAGAGGAGAGGGAAAUAAGAGAGGAGAGGGAUGAGAGAGAACAGAAGGAAGAAGAAGUCCUUGAAAAUACAAACACUGAAAAGAUUUCCAUAGAGACACUACUCAAGGUGUUCCAAGGAGGAAACGAAGCACAAGAUGUGAACAGAUUUGUCAUCCAUCUAAAGUCAGAGAACAUUUAUGCUGAGAGCUUCAACAAAACAUUUCAGGAUCUUGGUUCCAGGAACCUGGAGCCAAUUGAAGUUUCUCUCCUCUUGAAGCAUCCUUUCAUUCAAGACCUGAUUGCAAAUUAUUCAGACUACAAAUUUCCUGAUAUUAAAAUGAUUCUGCAGAGGAAUGAACACAUUCAAGGAAGUGAUGGAGAGAGGUCACCUUCAAGAGUUGCAGAGGAAAAGAAAUGA